AUGGCAGCCCAAACGACAGACUCGACGCAAACACCGCCGUCGGAAGAACGGUGGGAUGAACUAAGCCGCGACGUGAAGGCACAGUUGUUACAGGAGAUGGGCGAUGAAAGUUGGUACUUGAUCAUUGCAACGGUCGUCACCGUCUCCAACCGACCACGCCUCUUAGCCGAGUUCUGGAGCUACCUCACGACUCACGACGCCUCAUUUGCGGCCUCAGAGACACAAUCCCGCCUCUCCGACCGAUUCUGCGACCUACUCCUCAAGCAGAUCACAUUGAUCGGCGCGCCUCGAGUGCUCAGCGCACUGAUCCCUCUUGCGAACGUGCAGACGGACGGCAAGGGGGUGGAAGAAAGGGGCGAGCUGGACCUCGAACAAUGGUCCAACACGACGUUUCCCGCCCUGCACGCCCGGGGCAUCGAGACGAUAACCUCCGUGUACGGCAACCUGUGGCAAAACAUCUUCAGGUCCUUCGGGCCACAUCGUCCACAAAUCGGCCUCCACGAGCUCACGAUAGUGUACGGCCUGUACCUCGCUGAUUUCACGCACCUGACCCCGCUGGAGACCGAGCUGGUGGCCUUCACGAGCAUCAUCUGUCAGGGACUCAGGGGACCGGCGCUCUGGCACGUACGCGGAUUAGGCAGACUGCUCGGGGCGAGAGGGCAUGAUGAUGAGAACGACAAGAUGAGACGGAUCAAGGACGUGGUCAGGGGAGUCAAGGUCGCGGUGGCGACCGUCGUGGAGUUCUGCGGGCAGGAAAUGGUGAGGCGGAGUGGGUUGGACGCGAGUGAUGGACAGCAGGGGUGGCCGAAUGUCGGAGAUGUGGUGAGAGAGCUCGGAGGCUGGGGCGGCGACGAGUAG